UAAAGCGAUGCGCUUUCACACUUCAAUAUGGUCGAUUAUCCUGCCUCUGUGCCUCUUUGUACUGCUGCCUAAAAAUGUUGAGGCCAAUGACUUCUCUUCAUUUCUAACUGCUAACGCCUCUUUGGCCGUAGUAGUGGAUCAGGAAUAUAUGCACCGACGUGGUGAAAAUAUUUUGGCUAAUUUUCAAAAAAUUCUGGGUGAUAUUAUUCGUGAAAAUCUAAAAAAUGGUGGCAUCGAAGUGAAAUACUACUCAUGGAAUCAAAUAGCAUUAAAAAAAGAUUUUCUUGCUGCUAUCACAGUGACCGACUGCAAGAGUACUUGGCGUUUCUAUGAGUCCACCCAACAGGCUUCCAUACUACUAAUAGCUAUAACAGAUGCCAAUUGCCCCCGGCUGCCGUUAAAUCGAGCCAUUAUGAUUCCAAUACUCGAUGAAGGCCAGGAGUUGUCGCAGAUUAUUUUUGACAUAAAGGUUCAGCGAAUAUUGCGUUGGAAAACGGCCACUUUGCUGAUCGAUCAGUCAAUAUUGAAUGACAAUCCCACAUUGGUGGAAUCGGUGGUGCAUGAAAGCGCCAAAAAUCACAUUACGCCAUUCUCUCUGCUGCUCUAUAAGAUCGAUGAUUCAUUGCGCAGCCAAAGAAAGCGCACCGCCAUACGCCAAACGUUGACCCAUUUCCAGGAUCAGGCACAUACGCCUCGGCAAUUUAUUGUGGUCUCUAAAUUUUAUGAAGAUAUCGUGGAAACGGCUUCUAGUAUGGAAUUGUUUCAUGCGUACAAUCAAUGGGCCUUCUUUGUGAUGAGCGAGCAGAAGCGUAGCUACGACGCCAUGUCGGUGACACAAAGUUUGGGGGAGGGCGCCAAUAUUGCGUUCAUCUUGAACUCAACAACACCGACUUGCAUCAGCUCUAUUAAUUGUACACUCGCUGAAUUGUCUAUGGCAUUUGUUACAUCCAUUUCGCGUAUGAUUGUUGAGGAGCAAUCAAUCUAUGGCGAGAUUUCAGAUGAGGAAUGGGAAGCUAUAAGGUACACCAAGCAGGAGAAGCAAGACGAAAUACUGGGUUAUAUGAAAGACUAUCUUAGGACAAACGGAAAAUGUGGCAGCUGUUCGUAUUGGAAAAUUGAAACGGCAUUAUCCUGGGGGAAAAGCGAAGAGCAUCGUAAAUAUCAAUCUAAUAAAGAGCUCCGCGAUACACGCAAUAAAAAUUUUGAAUUCAUAGAUGUUGGCUACUGGACGCCGAUAUUGGGAUUUAUAACACAAGAGGUGAUGUUUCCACAUAUAGAACACUUCUUUCGCAACGUUACAUUAGAUAUUCUGACGGUGCAUAGCCCGCCGUGGCAAAUACUGGAGCACGACAGCAGUGGUAAGAUUGUCCGGCACAGCGGUAUUGUUAUGGAAAUCCUUAAAGAAAUGAGUCGAAUGCUAAAUUUUUCCUAUAACCUCCAUGAAAUCAAGGUAACUGCUGUUGAUUUAGCUGGCGAGGAUGCGCAGCAGAUUGGCAAUGUCACGGAUGAUCUCUUGGGUUCAUUGACAUUCAAUAUACCCUAUCGAGUAAUUGAAGUAAUGCAAUCGAGCAAUUUCUUCAUGGCCGCUUUGGCUGCUACCAUCGAUGAGCCAGAUAAAAAAUCAUUUAACUACACGAUACCAAUAAGCGUGCAAACAUAUGCGUUAAUCUCUAGACAGCCAGAUGAAGUUAGUCGCAUCUAUCUCUUCACUGCGCCCUUUACAGCCGAGAUAUGGGGUUGUCUGGUGGCAAUUAUUAUUAUCACGGCGCCUGUGUUGUACUUCAUCAAUCGCUUUGUGCCUAAGGAUCAUUUGCGCAUAAAUGGACUCAGUACGCUCAAUAGUUGUUUUUGGUACAUUUAUGGAGCGCUGCUACAACAGGGUGGCAUGUAUUUACCCAAAGCCGAUAGUGGUCGACUGGUGAUCGGUGUAUGGUGGAUUGUUGUCAUUGUUCUUGUGACGACAUACAGUGGAAACUUAGUUGCCUUUCUCACUUUUCCACAGUUUCAAGCAGGCAUAGAUUACUUUUUUCAGAUAUUUACCUCAAAAGAUAUUCAACAAUUUGGGUUACGGAAUGGUUCUUAUUUCGAGAAGUAUUCAACACAGAUCACUACCCGCGACGACUUCCGUAACUACGUACAACGCUCUAUCAUAUACAAUAAUCUUCAAGGUGAGGAUAUUAACGCCGUACAGCAAGGUAAACGCAUUAACAUCGACUGGCGUAUCAAUCUGCAAUUGAUUAUCCAAAGACAGUUUGAAAAAGACAAGGAUUGCAAGUUCUCAUUGGGGCGUGAAAAUUUUGUUGACGAGCAGAUUGGCUUGCUCGUUCCAAGAGGCAGUCCCUAUCUGCAAUUAAUCAACGACAGAAUAGUGCGUAUGUUUCAAAUGGGCUUCAUAGAGCGUUGGCACCAGAUAAAUUUACCCUCGAUGGACAAAUGCGGCGGUCAUGGCGGUAUGCGUCAAAUAAUGAACCAUAAAGUGAACUUAAAUGAUAUGCAAGGCUGCUUUAUGGUGCUGUUGUUUGGUUUCAUGAUAGCUUUGUUCGUACUAUUCUGCGAAUAUUGGUACCGAUGGUACUUCGUUGAGAGAAAGAAAGCCGCUUUUGCAUAUUAGAAUAUUUAAUCUUUGUGGAAAAUUUAUGUACAAUACACACUAUGUCUCUCUAAAUAAACUCUUGUUAAAAGCACUUGAAAUAAUAUUGAAA